AUGGACACACAACUAUCAAAAUUAAGUUCCACGACAAGGAAGCAUGGUAAUCAACCGCGACAACGCAUGGUUCAAAACUACCUCUUAGUUUGGAUGGAUGCCAACAUCGAUGAAAAGGACCAAGACUGUCACAAUACUUUGACGCACUUACGAAGUGUUGUUAAUGAUGUCUAUAUAUACACUCAAGCAGAUACUUGCCUUCAAUUCCUCAAUAGCAUCGGUGGCGAAAAAGCUUUCGUCAUCACAUCGGGAUCUUUUGGUCAACACUUGGUUCCCGACAUUCACGACAAUCCACAAGUGAAUGCCAUCUACAUCUUCUGUGGCAACAAAUCUGAAAAUGAAACCUGGACAAAGAACUGGCCAAAAGUCAAAGGCGUCUACACAAAUGUCCAAGAAAUCUGUGAAGCAUUGACCACAGGCGUUAAACAACACAAUCAAGACUCCAUCGCUAUGAGUUUUGUCACCGUAACGGGAGAGGCUUCCAAUGAAAAUCUCAAUCAAUUGGAACCCAGCUUUAUGUACACGCAAAUAUUUAAGAAGAUUCUCCUCGAAAUGGAACACAACAACCAAGCAAUCAAAGGCCUAGUCAGUUAUUGUCGUCAGCGUUUUCAAGGCAACUUCGCAGAGCAAAGUGCAAUCGAUGAGUUCGAACGUGAAUAUCGUCCCGACAAGGCCAUUUGGUGGUAUACACGCGAGUGUUUUAUCUACAAAAUGCUUAAUCAAGCACUUCGCAGUUUGGAUGGCGAAGUCAUUAUUAACAUGGGAUUCUUCAUCCAUGAUUUACACAAACAAAUACAACAUCUACACCAAGAACAGGCCCAUAGUUACAAACGAAAACUUUUUCUAGUCUACCGUGGACAGGGACUAUCCAGGACGUAUUUUGACCAGUUAUCGAAAAAUGUUGGUGGUCUUUUGUCUUUCAACAACUUUUUAUACACCAGUACCAAACAAGAGAAAUCUCUUGAGUUUACCUACCGCGCUCUCGAUGACCCGGACAAGGUGGGUGUUCUGUUCGUGAUUACAAUAGAUCCGAAUAUUUCUACAACUCCAUUCGCAUCGAUUGGAGAUCUUAGUUACAUCGAAAACGAAGCAGAGAUCUUGUUUUCCAUGCACAGCGUGUUUCGAGUUGGUACAAUUCGACAAAUGGGUGACGAAAGUAAACUUCACCACGAGGUACAACUUCAGUUGACUGCUGAUGACGAUCCACAACUGCGUGUGUUAACGGACCGUAUUGAAAGUGAAGUUCAAGGUAGUACAGGAUGGAAACGUUUGGGUAACUUAUUGCUCAAAAUAAGACAGUUGGAUAAAGCCGAAGAACUGUACACCCUUUUACUGGAAAAAACAUCUGAUAAGAAUGACAGAGCACUCUAUUAUCAUCAACUUGGGUACCUAAAAGAUAAUCAAGGUGAUUAUAGAAUGGCUAUAGAAUACUAUGAAAAAGCACUUGAAAUCAACGAGAAAGCUUUUCCUUCGAAUCGCCCUGAUUUGGCUAUUUCGUACAACAAUAUCGGUGCGAUGUACAAGAACAUGGGAGAGUAUUCGAAAGCAUUUUCAUUCUAUGUGUUACAGGCAUAUUGA